UACACAGGAGUCAAGUGACGGACAUCCUUUUAACUACUCGACAAUUCACUCACCAUGAGGAUCUUCGUGUUCUUCGUCUGCCUUUCACUGGCACUUGCGUUUUCACCAGACCGACUAAACGAGGGGAAAUCGAUCGUCGGCGGUAUCGAGGCACCUUUAAAAAGUCGCCCCUAUCAAGUCGCUCUCUUUAUUUCCUCUACUGGAGGGUUUAACGGUCAGUACUGCGGUGGAACCCUCGUCAGCAAACGUUGGGUUGUAAGUGCCGCUCACUGUGCUGGAGGGCCGGUGUACGUUGGGCUUGGAUACCACGACUUAGACGUCAAACAACAGAUCAUCAAAGGCACGUGGUACGCUCACCCGUCACACAAUUCCAAGACGUACGACAAUGACAUAGCUCUGAUUUAUCUGAGUUCAUCAGCAAGCUUGUCGGAUGCUGUACAGCCCAUCAAGAUUGCCAGCUCGGGAUCAGACGUUUCAAGCGGCAAGAAGCUGUUAGUGAGUGGCUGGGGUAGACUGUCAUCCGGCGGCUACUUUCCGAGCAAACUGAGGCAGGCGGUGGUGUACGGAGUGAGUCGCAGCUCAUGCAACAGUGACUAUAGCGGCAUUAUCACAAACAACAUGAUUUGUGCUGCGGCAUCUGGGAAAGACUCCUGCCAGGGUGAUAGUGGUGGUCCAAUUGUCAGCAGCUUCUCCGAAAGCAGUCACUCCAGUAGCACAACGCUUGAGGGAAUCGUCAGUUGGGGCUACGGCUGCGCCAGUUCCUACUACCCCGGAGUGUACACCCGAGUAGCCAAAUACUGCGACUGGAUAGCCACCUUUUCACCAGACAGACUAAACGAGGGGAAAUUGAUCGUCGGUGGCGUCGAGGCACCUUAUAAAAGUCGCCCCUACCAAGUCGCUCUAUUCGCUUCAUCUACUGGGGGGGUUAACAGUCAGUACUGCGGUGGAACCCUCAUCAGCAAACGUUGGGUUGUAAGUGCCGCUCACUGUGCUGGAGGGUCAGUGUACGUUGGCCUCGGAUACCACGACUUAGAAGUCAAGCAACAGAUCAUCAAAGGCUCGUGGUACAUUCACCCGUCAUACAAUUCGAAUAAUUACGAUAAUGACAUAGCUCUGGUUUACCUGAGCGCAUCAGCAAGCCUGUCGAGUGCCGUACAGCCCAUCAGGAUUGCCAGCUCAGGAUCAGACGUUUCAAGCGGCGAGAAGCUGUUAGUGAGUGGCUGGGGUGCCCUGUCAUCCGGCGGCUCUUAUCCGAGCAAACUGAGACAGGCGGUGGUGUACGGAGUGAGUCGUAGCUCAUGCAACAGUGACUACGGCGGCAGUAUCACAAGAAACAUGAUCUGUGCUGCGGCAUCUGGGAAAGACUCCUGCCAGGGUGAUAGUGGUGGUCCAAUUGUCAGUAACUUCUACGAAAACAGUCACUCCAGCAGCACAACGCUUGAGGGAAUCGUCAGUUGGGGCAACGGCUGCGCCAGUCCCUACUACCCCGGAGUGUACACCCGAGUUGCCAAAUACUGCGACUGGAUAGCGUAUUAUACAUCAAAUGUCGUGACAUGCUAGGCGCUUUCAAGUCAGCAUUCCUCGACAUUUCAACGAUUCUCGAUUAUGAAAAUGAUUCUAUCAUUUGCCCCCUCUUAAAAUCGAAACAUGAAGUGUUGUAAUUAAGGAAAUAAACUUAUGUGAAAGGACUUUGAUUGUACUAAAUAAUUAGUGAGCCGUUGCCAAGAUUUCUAAAUAGUUACCCGCCACCCUUCAAUUACUCAUGUCACUGUAGCAGCACGUGCUCCUAUUUCAAGACAAGUCUGGUAACCAGUGAAAAUGUUUAAUAUUAAAUGAUUAUAAUCUGCUGCAGGGCAUGUAAAUGUUGCCCCUGCCUGUCAAAAAACAGAUACAUUCAUAUUAAUGACAGUAACUAAGGCAUUGCAUCGGGCACCAAAUCGGUUUAGUAUCCUUCGAAUCAAACUGUCCUUUCCAUUGCAUUUUGAUGUUAAAAAAGUGGAAGUUUGUUGCCGCAAACGAAUCUCAUAUGUAUGUAUAAAGUUCAAUCCUGUCCAGGAUAUCUUGGAGCAAUGGCUAUUCCUGUUGCAAGCAUGUACCUGCGAGCUUGUGAUCGGCGAAGCUUUAGACCUAGCUCUAGACACAAUGAUGCAGACAAGGUAUUUCUUUUACCGUGGUAAAGCUGAGCAGCGACCUCUAUAAUUAUGCUGAUCAACAUUCUGGUAACAAAAAAUGGUAUCAACGUGGAGCGAUGACAC